CGCUACUUGGCGGACCGGAGGGCGGAGUCGGCUUCGUACUGAGGACUGCGUAGCUUCAAGCCGAGAGCUCCUGCCAGGCCUGCGAGUCCUGUUCUGAAUUCUUACCCUUAUUUAGUCCUUGUCACCACCCCCGCCGUGGGAACAGCCCGACGGUCACUCAAAGGAAGUUGCUGCGGGCAGCUCUUGACCCGGAAUCGGAUUCUAGUCCCACCCACUCCGCUCCAGGCUUCCUUCUGCAACAGGCGUGGGUCACGCUCUGGCUCGCUCUCUUUCUGCCGCCAUCUUGAUUCCGCGUUCCCUGCACAGCCUCCUUUUUAUUCCUUCAGAAAUGCCCGGCGAAGCCACAGAAACCGUCCCUGCUACAGAGCAGGAGUUGCCGCAGCCCCAGGCUGAGACAGCUGUGCUACCUAUGUCUUCAGCCUUGAGUGUCACUGCUGCCUUAGGGCAGCCUGGACCUACCCUUCCCCCUCCUUGCUCUCCCACCCUGCAACAGUGCCCUCUGUCAGCUGCUAACCAGGCUGCCCCAUUCCCUUCCCCCUCUACUAUUGCCUCGACCCCAUUUGAAGUUCCUUUUCCCCAGUCAUCCUCUGGAACCACCCUACCUUUGGGAACUUCCCCUGAAGCCCCAACCUUCCUACCAAACCUAAUAGGGCCUCCCAUCUCCCCAGCUGCCCUAGCUCUGGCCUCUCCCAUGAUAGCUCCAACUCUGAAAGGGACCCCUUCCUCUUCAGCUCCCUUAGCUCUGGUUGCCCUGGCUCCCCACUCAGUUCAGAAGAGUUCUGCUUUUCCACCUAACCUCCUUACUUCACCGCCUUCAGUGGCUGUAGCUGAGUCGGGGUCAGUGAUGCCUCUGUCAGCUCCCAUUACUCCCCCAGAACCAAAGACUAAUCUUAUUAAAGUUCCCUCUCAGGUAGUCCCUAACUUGAAAGGUAACGCCAGUCCUCCAGGUAUAGUCAGUGCUGUUCCUUACCACUGUGUGACUCCCUUGGCCUCUGUUCAGUCUGGAGUGGCCUCCUGUCCUCAGAUAACACCCACCACUACCCUAGCCAUCACUUCUCCUCAGGUCAAAGAUACCACCAUUUCCUCAGCUCUGACUUCUCCACAAAACCCAGGAAGCCUCAGCCUGAAGGGGCCUGUUAGUCCGCCUGCUGCCUUAUCUCUUGCAACUCAGUCUCUUCCUUUGAUGACCUCUUCUCAAAAGACUGCGGGUCCCAACACCACCCCAGAUUUUCCCAUUUCUCUGGGCUCUCAUCUUGCACCUUUACAUCAGAGUUCUUUUGGUUCUGUCCAACCUUUAGGUCAGACAGGUUCUGGUGCUUUGUUAGACCCUACAGUAAAGACCAUUUCUACAGAUAAUUCUUCCACAGGGGCCUCUUACCCUCCUCAGAGAUCUGAAAUUCCUUCCCUUCCUUCCAGGAAUGAGGUAGUUCCUGCUACUGUGGCUGCCUUUCCAGUGGUGGCUUCAUCUGUUGACAAAGGUCCCUCUACCGUCACUAGCAUAACCUGCAGCCCUUCUGGCACCUUACAUGUAGCUACCUCGUCUUCAUUAUCUCCUACAGCCUCUCUCAUUCUCAGAAGCUCUCCUAAUGCCACUCAUCAUCCUUCAGUGGCCCAGAUUCCCAUUUCUUCUGUUGGAACCACCCCACUUGUGGUGACUAACCCCUGUACUAUUGCUGCAGCACCUACUACCUUUGAGGUAGCUACUUGUCUUUCUCCUCCAAUUUCCUCAGGUCCCAUAGGCAAUGUAGAACCAACUUCCCCUGCUGUGUUGGUUAUGGCACCUGUGGCUCCCAAAGAGCCUUCUGUUCAAGUCGCAACCACUCUGGGGAUACCAGUCUCUCCUCCUCUGCCAGACCUUAAAGACCUCAAAAAUCUCCCCAGUUCAGUAUUGAUUAAAUUUCCAACACAAAAAGAUCUCCAAACUGUACCUGCCUCUCCUGAAGGAGCCCCUUUCUCUCCAGCCCAGGCAGAGCUCACCACCAAGAAAGACUCUACUGUAUUACCAUUAGCCCAUGCAGCCCAGAAAAAAUCUCCUUUUUUCCAAAGUACACCCUCUUCUCCGGAGAUAUCUCUUUCUCCUGAAGCCACCCUAGCAAAGAAAAGCUUUGGAGGGCCUCUCCCUGUAGGUAAACCAGCCAGCUCUACAACCUCUCCCCUGGGUGUUAAAUCCCCGGCCUCUGUAAUCAAGACAGAUUCUUAUGCAGGCCCAGACUCUGCUGGUCUGCUUCCCAAAAGCUCUCUCACUACCCCAGCAGUGGCUGCAUUUCCUUUGGAAAGUGCCAAACCUGCUGGGGUGGCUCCCACAAUUGCCAAAGGUACCUCAACUUAUACAACUACAGCCAGCCCUUUUCUAGAAGGAACUGUCUCUUUAGCGCCUAAAAACCACCCAGCUAAGGAAGGUACUUCCACUCUUACUACUUUACCCUUGGUUGCUUCAGCCUCAGAAAAUUACCCUGUGUCUCUAUCCCCCCAGAAUACCUCUGCUUCUCUGACUACCUUAGUGCUAGCCCCUGAAAUUCCCAAGUCUGUGCCCUCACCCUGUCUUCCCCCAGCUGGGACUCCUCCAGGUACAAAAAAGGUUGAUGGUAUUUCUCAUACUUCAGCACUGGCACCUGUUGCUUUGUCUCCUAAAGGGUGCCCAACUGAGGACUCUGGUGCCUCUGCUACUGCAUCUUCCAAAGGAACUCUGACUUACCUAGCUGACUCCCCAUCUCCUUUAGGGGUUAGUGUAUCUCCUCAGACUAAAAGACCUCCAACCAAGAAGGGUUCUGCUGGCCCUGAUACUCCUGUUGGAAAUCUCUCAUCCCCUGUUCCUCCAAUUGAAGCUUUACUUCUUCCAGAGAACAGUCUUUCUUUUCAAGGCUCUAAAGACUCACCAAAUACAAAGCAUUGUCCCACUCCUCCAUCCCCCAAAGGGGCCCCUACUCCCUCAGCUGUGACUCCUCUGUCUCCCAAAGGAGCAGCACAAUCCCCCAAAGAGACUCCCAUUCCUUCAGCUGUGAAUCCACCCUCCCCGAGAGAGGGCCCAGCUACCCCAGCCCCCAAACAGGCCCCCGCUCUAUCUAUGACUUCUUCCUCCCCCAAAAAGGCCACAGCAACUCCAGUCCCCAAAGGAGGCCCCGCUACCCCAUCCCCCAAAGAGACCCCCAUACCCCCAGCUGCAACUUCUUCCUCCAAAGGAGACCCAGCUACUCCAUCCCCCAGAGUGAUCCCCACUCCCCCAGCUAUAACUCCUCCCUCCCCCAAAGGUGGCCCAGCUACGCCAUCCCCCAAAGGAAGCCCAGCUAUUCCAUCCCUCAGAGGGGCCCCCACUCUCCCAGCUACAACUCCCUCCCCUAAAGGAGGCCCAAUUACCCCAUCCUCCAAAGAGGGCCCCACUCCCCCGGCUGCAAUUCCAUCCCCCAAAAGAGGCCCAGCUACCCCAACCCCCAAAGGGGACUCCACUUCCCUGGCAAUGAUUCCUCUCUCUCCCAAAAAGGCUCCAGCUACCCCAUCCAAAGGAGAUUCCACUCCCCCAGCAGUGACUCCUGUUUCCCCCAAGAAAGCCCCAGCAACUUCAGCCCCCAAAGGAGGCCCAGCUACAACUCCUUCCCCUAAAGGAGGCCCAACUACCCCAUCCUUCAAAGGGGAUCCCACUUUCCCAGCAGUGACUCCUCUUUCCCCCAAGGAGCCUCCAGCCCCCAAACAACCCCCUACUUCCUCCUCUCCCAAAAAGGCCCCCUCAACUCCAGCCCCCAAAGGGGCCCCCACUCUGCCAACUGUGAUUCCUUCUUCCCCCAAAGAGGUCCCCACUCCCCCAACAGUGACUCCUCUCUCUAAAAAGACCCCAGCAAUUCCAGCUCCCAAAGAGGCCCUCAUUCCUCCAGCUAUGACUCUUCCCUCCUCCAAAAAGACCCCAUCAAUUUCGGCCCCCAAAGAAGCCCCAGCUACUGCAUCCUCCAAAGAGACCUCCAGUCCCCCAGCAGUGACUCCUCCCUCUUAUAAAGAGGUCCCCAUUCCCCCAACUAUGACUUCUCCCUUUCCCAAAGAGACCCCUACUACUCCAGCUGUGACUCCUCCAUCCCCCAAAAAGGGCCCAGCAACUCCAGGCCCCAAAGAGACUCCCACUUCGCCACCUGUGACUCCUUCCUCCCUCAAAGACUUUCCUACCUCCCCAGUUUCUGUCACAUGUAAAAUCGGGGCCACUGUUCCUCAAACAUCUAAAGGGCUUCCAGCAAAGAAAGGCCCCACAGCUCUGAAAGAAGUACCUGUUGCCCCAGCUUCAGAAAGUAUGCCAAUCAUCACAGCUCCCACUGGGAAAGGCCCACAGACUAAGAAGAGUUCUGCUACUUCAUCUCCUAUGUGCCCAGAUCCCUCAGCUAAGAAUGGUACUAAAGGACCUCCUUCCACAGUGGCUCCAGCCCCUCUACUCCCUGCUCAGAAAGGCUCUUCAAAGACAGCAAAAGGCAAAGAUGCUUCUCAUUUCCCAAAGGGCCCCUUGGCUGCUCCUGAGUCUCAGGCAUCCAUCCCUCUAACAGCAUCUGUCUCUCUAGCACCCACCCCACCAGUCUCUCUGCCUCUUGCUUCCUCCCCAGUUCCCCCUCUGCCUCCUACACAGCAAUUUCUGCCGUCCUCUCCUGGGCUGGUGUUGGAAUCACCCUCUAAACCCCUAGCCCCUGCUGAUGAGGAUGAGCUGCCGCCUCUGAUUCCCCCGGAACCAAUCUCUGGGGGAGUGCCUUUCCAGUCGGUCCUCGUCAACAUGCCCCCCCCAAAACCUGCUGGAAUCCCUGUCCCAACCCCCUCUGCCAAGCAGCCUGUUAUGAAGAACAACAAGGGAUCUGGAACAGAAUCUGACAGUGAUGAAUCAGUACCAGAGCUUGAAGAACAGGACUCCACCCAGGCAACCACACAACAAGCCCAGCUGGCGGCAGCAGCUGAGAUAGAUGAAGAACCCGUCAGUAAAGCAAAACAGAGUCGAAGUGAAAAGAAGGCACGGAAGGCUAUGUCCAAACUGGGUCUUCGACAGGUUACAGGAGUUACUAGAGUCACUAUCCGGAAAUCUAAGAAUAUCCUCUUUGUCAUCACAAAACCAGAUGUCUACAAGAGCCCUGCUUCGGAUACCUACAUAGUGUUUGGGGAAGCCAAGAUCGAAGAUUUAUCUCAGCAAGCACAACUAGCAGCUGCUGAGAAAUUCAAAGUUCAAGGUGAAGCUGUCUCAAACAUUCAAGAAAACACACAGACUCCAACUGUACAAGAGGAGAGUGAAGAGGAAGAGGUCGAUGAAACAGGUGUAGAAGUUAAAGACAUAGAAUUGGUCAUGUCACAAGCAAAUGUGUCGAGAGCAAAGGCAGUCCGAGCCCUGAAGAACAACAGUAAUGAUAUUGUAAAUGCUAUUAUGGAAUUAACAAUGUAACCAUGUGAAAGCAACUUUUUUUGGUGUCUCAAAGGAGUAACUGCAGCUUGGUUUGAAAUUUGUACUGUUUCUAUCAUAAAUAAAGUUAUGGCUUCUUGUUGGACGAACUCA